CUUUUGCUAUACUCAGUAUGUCCUGCUAGGUGGUGUCCGUCAUUUUAUUGUUUCAUUGAAUCUACAAUGACAAUUCCCGCCGACAUCCUCGCCGCAGACAAGGCGGGGAGAAUCCCUGAUGGGAUCUCCCUCACAUACCUUGCGGAGUCUCGCGAUCAUUCGGCCAUCGUGGGCAUCUUGUUCAUGGUCUGUUUCACCGGCAUUCUGACAAUUUUGCGUCUCUAUGCUCGAGUUUUCCUCAUCAAGAAAGUUGGUCUGGACGAUUGGUUAACCAUUUUGACAUGGAUGAUCUACAUCAGUUUUGUGGUUCUCUCCGUUGUCCUGAUCAACUUGGGAAGUGGUCGUCACAUCGAGUAUAUCGAAUAUGUCCUAUCGUUAGCAACCGUCCGUGAAACCGAAGUGUUGGACUUCACUGCACACAUUCUCUAUACAACCGCUCUUUUCCUAUGUCGACUGUCCGGUCUUGCCUUCUAUCACCGACUUACCGCACGCACGGGCCGGCUGCACAAAGCUAUUCUCUUCGCUGGACCCUUCCUCUUCGCUGCAUACCUCCCCCAGCUCUUUCUUCUGAUCUUCCACUGCAAACCCGUCACCGGGUUGUGGCCGUAUGCCUGGCAACCAGGUGUCGAUGAUUACAAGUGUCUCUCCUGGGGUCUGGUCUACUCUGUCAACUCAGGCCUCUCGCUAGCCUGCGAUGUCCUGAUGUUCAUCAUCCCCGCGCUUCUCAUCAAGCAACUCCACAUUUCCUUGAAUAAGAAGAUCAAGCUCUCCUUUGUCAUGUUCCCCGGUGUCUUCGUGAUUGUCAUUUCCGCCGUCCGUGUCUGGCUAGUCGUAAAGGGCCAGUGGGCCUCCGAUGGUAGCUGGGCUUACAACCCCAUGCUAUGUGUCGAGAACGCCGAAAUCGCAGGCACAUUACUUGCGCUUUCAGUGCCCGCCCUGAAACCCGUCUUUGGAAACAUGUUCUCUCGUCUGACUGAGUACACUGGAAGUCGCACUCGGUCCCAGUCCCGGUCUGCCGGAAACAGACUGCGGAGUCAGUCUAAGCCUACGAGUGCAUUGGGCUCGUCUGUCCGUGAUGAUAAACGGUUGCUUAAUUGGUCGAAAAUCGGCAAGGAUGAUUAUGAAAUGAUGCCGUCGGAGGUUUCUGUCACUCGGGAGCUGUCGAAGUCUACGAAGACUCCUGGUAUCCGUGUGACUAAUGAGGUUAAUAUUACUCGUGGAGAGGAGAGAUCGCCGUCGCCGCAGUCUUCGGUGCCUUCUACCCAUGAGACACAUGUGCAUGAGACAUAG